CCGGGAGGCCUGGCGGAGGGCGGCGUUGAGGAGCUGGCGGGAGAGCGAGGGAGACGGGCGCUGCUUGGCCGCGGCAUGCGCGGGAGGCGCCGGCGGCGGGGGGACUCGCCCCCGUGGUCCGGCCCGAGGCUGGCCGCCCGGCUCGGCUUCUUCCUCCUGCUGCUCUUGGGAAGCGGCGCGGCGGCCGUCCCACUUCCGCACGCAGGUGCAGGGGAAGCAGCAGCAUCAGCAUCAGGAGUUGAAGUUCCGUUCUCGUUAGUGAUUCUUUCUUUCUGCACCCUCGUGGUGCUGGUGCUACUGUCCGUGAACUGUGUAUCCUGUUGUAAAGAUCAAGAGAUAAACUUCAAGGAAUUUGAAGACAACUUUGAUGAUGAAAUAGACUUUACCCCACCAGCAGAAGACACGCCAUCUGUUCAGUCUCCAGCAGAAGUGUUCGUACUUUCGGUUCCAAGCGUUUCUCUGCCGCCUGCAUCACAGUUCCAGCUUCCUACGGAGGAAUCGAAGUCUCAGGUGGCACGUCAGAAUCUAAACUAUAUUCAAGAAAUUGGAAAUGGUUGGUUUGGAAAGGUUCUGCUCGGCGAGGUGUACACAGGCACCAGCGUGACAAGAGUAAUUGUGAAUGAGCUGAAAGCGAGUGCUGAUCCCAAGGAGCAAGAACGGUUUUUGAGGCACGGAGAGCCAUACUUCAAUCUUCAGCACCCAAACGUUCUCCAGUGUAUUGGGCAGUAUGUGGAAGCCAUUCCCUGUCUUCUGGUGUUCGAGUUUUGUGACUUGGGUGACCUUAAAACGUACCUUUGCAUCGAGCAAGAGAACAUUAAAGGAGAUUCCCAAAUCAUGCUGCUGCAGAGGAUGGCUUGUGAAAUUGCUGCCGGACUCGGUGCUAUGCAUAAGCAAAAUUUUGUGCAUGGUGACUUAGCCUUGCGGAAUUGCUUUCUUACCUCCGAUUUAAACGUAAAAGUUGGUGAUUACGGAAUAGGAUUCAGUAGGUACAAGGAGGAUUACAUUGAAACAGAUGAAAAGAAGCUUGUGCCCCUUCGGUGGACUGCUCCCGAGCUGGUGACUAGCUUUCAAGACAGGCUGCUAACCGCUGAACAAACAAAGUACAGUAACGUCUGGUCCCUGGGCGUCACAUUAUGGGAGUUGUUCAGCAGCGCCACAAAGCCUUACUCGCAUUUAUCCAAUGAGGAAGUUUUGCUGCAAGUCAUCAAAGAGAAGCGGACGAAGCUCCCAGAACCGGCUCUUGAGCAGCCCUGUUCCGACAGAUGGUAUGAAGUUUUGCAGUUCUGUUGGCUGCCUGCGGACAAGAGAGCAACGGCCGAUGAGGUCCACAAGCUUCUGACGUAUCUCCGAAUGCAAAGCCAAAGGGACUCGGUGAUCGACCCCGAGCAAUGGAACGUUCUCAAGCCCAACACUUCCAACAGAGACUCGUUGGCGAGCUCUGCCUUUCCGAUUCUGGAUCCCUUCACGGGCAGCAGGCUUGGCCGCGAAAUGGAAGAGGUCCUCACAGUUACUGAAACCAGCCGAGGACUCAGCUUCGAAUACAUAUGGGAAGCUGCAAGGCAGGAUCACUUUGAAUGUGGCCAGAUGACUCCUGACGAAGGGGUGGCAUACACAAAUAUCUUCUUCCCGGUGGAAGUUUUUAAGAACAGUCUCUCAGGGCACGGGCCUGGCGUGCAGGACCAAAGUUGUCAGGAAACGCCUUUUCAAGUGCCCGGGCAACUUCCUGUGUUCAACGCCCACAAACCUUCUGUUGGCAGAGAUUAUUACAUCCAACUAGAAGAGAAGAGCAGGAGCAGCAGCGUGAAUUUUGAUAACCAGAAUGUCAUGGCAACGACUGAAGUGGACCGCCUUGAAGUCCCCAAAGACAGAAAUUCUCACUUUGUGGUUCUCGGGGGUUUUGAUGCUACAGAGUCUGCUACAGACGGGGACUUUUCCAGUUACAAUACUAGUUCCGAGGAAGGAGCCCCGCAGGCAAACCAGCAGGGUAGCCCUUUCCAAAAUAUAUUGGCUGAUGUCUCUAGAGCAGAACAGUUCCCUGAUGAAAGAAAUCGGUUGGACUUAACUGAUCUGAAUGAUAUCCAUGUGGAGCUCGAAGCAGUUUCCUGUUCGGAUCUAGAGGAAUCGGCAGUUGUUGAUCAAGCGAAAAAGAGAAGUCCCGUGCAUGUUUCGGAAAACAAAAGUGUUAACUGGCAUGAAAGUGCCAUGCAGAAGUCUGGCCCUGGCCUGCUGACUUCAGAAGAGCUGUGCAACAACUUUCUUUUUCUCCAAGAGAAAAACUUGUUAAAGGGGGUAUUGAAUAGCACGGCUAACGCAGACAACACAAGUACACUGCAGACGCCAAAUAGGAACUCUCUGGAGGUCGAGCUUAAACUGGCUGGAAUUAUUCCAACCCGUAAAGAUGAACAUUUGAUAGAAGUAGCCACUGACAAAAGCACGGGUGUUCUGCUUCCAUCCCUUGUGGACAGUCAGGUGCCUUGCAGCUCACCUGUGAUGGAUAGGCAGCAGGUGGCUCCCCUAUUGAAAGCUGGGGAAGACCAUUGCGGCAUAGAAGCCGAUGAUAACUCUGCCAGCAGUAUUGAUGACUCUUAUCUCGGAAUGGAUCAGGUCUCUGAAGCCAUCUCUGUCGAAACGCUGUCCAUGAAUGCCAAAAACCAUCCGGGUGGGACUAGCCCCAAAAGCAUUGUGUUCAAUGCUCAAGAUCAAGAGAGGCAGAAAAAAACACAGGAACUUGACUGCAAUAGUAGGGGCUGGGAAGGGUUGAUCCAUGACUUGGGGAGUAAAGAAUCCGGAUUAGAACAGGAUGACCAUAGUCACUUGGACCAAAGCAAUGAAAAUUCAGCUCAGGUUCAGAAACAUCACACAGAAGUUAUGUUCGCAUCUAUCCUCCCUUCAGACCGGUCAAGCACAGACAGCCUGCUAGAGGAUAGCAUAUCAACCACCACGCAGAGCGUGGGGCAGUCUUUAGACACACCAGACUCCUUGGAUUCAGUAGAUGUUAAUGAAGUCUUGGAGUCUUUAGUGAGUCAGAGUCCCCAGAAAAUUUUGCCACCCGAUAAACCUGCUGACAGUGGCUAUGAAACAGAAAAUCUGGAGUCUCCUGAAUGGACUUCGCACCUCAUUGGCACCGAAGGCACGGAUCUGUCUGUUCUUGGUGACAGUGGUCUUGUAAACGGAAGGCCAGUGAUUAUCGUGACUUCAGAUGUCAAGGCGGAUACAGUGAAUAUCAUGGAUUGCUUUGAAGAAGCCGCCGCAGCUUCUUCGGGCAGGCUUCAGAAUUCCUACAGGGACUCUGCUUAUUUUUCUGAUAAUGAUUCUGAGCUAGACAAAAAAUCUGAAGAGGUUAUAAAUGCGUCUGAGGAACCAAAGACAGUAGUGGAGGAUGGCACAGGCAUUGAAUACUUAGAAAUGAAAAUGAGCGCCAGUGCAGACAACCAGCUGAACUGCGGUGGGGUCACUGACGACCAGUUUGUGAAUAACUCAAAUUCGCAGCCGGAGUUCGUUGAGAAGCUAGAACUCCAUGAGAUAGAUGUAGCAAUACAUCCCCCUGCAGAUGGUAAUACAACUUCACUUCCAUCUGUGGUGAGUCUAGAACCUAGCGAUGACGAUGAAGUCAAACUGUAUGAGGAUUCCCCCAAAGGAGUCUCUUGCACAGGAACAAAUACGGCAGAUUUUGACCCUGCACGUGGUCUGAAGCUUGCACCUAACUUAUUGGGCCCCACUGAAACAUUUGAAAGGUCUCUGUUGUGCCAUUUAGAUGGUCACAAGCUCAAAGAGCCAGAUGUGGAAGGAAAAUACCUGGGUAAACUCGAUGUGUCUGGGAUGCUCGAUCGGUCAUUGGAUGGAGAUGAUGCCGAUGAAGAAGAUGAAAACAGCGACGACUCUGAGGACGACAUGAGAACUUUCCAUCUGCACGGACUGAGCUCUGACAGUGACGAGGAGGUUGUGCAUCAAGUACCGUUGAUCCUUAUCGAUAGGGAUGAUGGAAAACACCUGAAGAGCUUACUGAAGUGCCCAAGACCUUUGAGUCAGAAAAUUCCUUCCGAAAACUCCCUAAAGAUGGAAAGGAAAGCAGUCACGUUCUUCGAUGAUGUCACCGUCUAUCUCUUUGAUCAGGAAACACCAACCAAAGAACUUGGGAACCGGGCUGCUGAAUCCAACCACUCAGGCUCCAGCGAUGCUCCUGCUCCAGCUUCGGGUCUUGGUUACUUGAAUAAAUUUACUAAUUCGGAAAGCUCGACUGAUGAAGAAGGUGGAGGCUUUGAAUGGGAUGAUGACUUCUCCUCUCCAGAGCCCUCUUUCAUAUGCAAGGCAGCAAACACUCUCAUUAAUUCCACGCCUUCCCUUCAGACGUCAAAGUAUUUCUCCCCUCCGCCGCUGCCUCGAAGCCCUGAGCAAGUCUGGUCGCGUUCUUUACCUUACUCUAGAUUCACCGUCUCACCGGCAAACAUUGCCAGCUUUUCUCUCACUCACCUUACGGAUUCUGAUAUUGAACAGGGAGGAAGCAGCGAAGAUGGCGAGAGAGACUAGGCGGCUGAAGGUGCGCAGUCGUGCUUGCGAGGACACCUGGGGGGAGGGGUGCAGCCUGACAGCCAGCUUAAAAAAAAACACACUCAUCUGAAAUCGAAGCAGGUCUGCCCAACUGCUCGAUUACUGGACUUUGGCAAACGCUGAAGGCGGGUCGGGACCUGAACUUUCAAAGUCGUAUGGUACUCUUGUUGUGUAUUGUUUUUUGAAACGGGUGCAUUUUUGCAUUUCCUUAAAACAAACAAACAGACAAAAAGAUUACUCCGUGCUGACCCCCUCCCCCUUUCCACUCCCAGUACUUGAAGUAUUCUACAUAAAACAAGAAAAAAAUUGUAAGGAAAUAUGUAAAAUGGUUUAUGUUCUGGUUUAUAUAUAGGAUUGUAUCAUACACCCUUUUAUAUCCAUGUAUUAUUUGUAUGAAUGUGUAAAAUUGUACAUAGCUGAGCAGCAGGUGGCUGUUGUCACUCGGAACGCCGUGACUGAGAGCUGUUGUAUAGCAAGCCAUAUUUCUGAGAAUCCACCCAUUGCUUAACUAUCAGGUGCCCUAUACUGUAUAAAGCCAUUCAUUUUGCUUCUUGGUUGCUUUGGCCCGUCCAGCUAGCUGCCUUUGUACUUGUUCCUUUCAUUUCCUGGGGAGUGCACUUAUCGGACCGUUCGGCGCUUGAGUCUUCCUUUUUAUAUAUAUAUCUAAUUUCUGGACAUUUUUAUGUGAUAGUACUGUUUCCUGUGGGGACAGGUUGCCCUCUUCCCAUCCCCUUCCCCAUGGAGACUACGGAAAGGGCUGACGUCAAGUGCAUUCAAAUUGCCAAAGGUAGUGCUGUUAUGCUACAAGGAACUCGGACCCUGUAUAAACGGCAUCUUCUGGAGCAGUGUAUGCCCUCGCUUGCCAACAUACGUGGAUGCGGUGCGCUUGGUUCGUCUUUCCCGCCAUGGUUGUUUUUGGAAGUGCAGUUGUCCCCGUGCAGUUAAUCCCCUCUUCGGACCUUUUGAAAUCUUUGCUCAGCUUUUCAGUGGCACUGAGACCUUGCGCGGAAGGCCGGUCUGUCUCUCUCCCCAGAUUGCUCACAGAGUGAUAAAUAUUAAACACAGAAUACACAACGGAGAACAAAGAGCUUGCAAUGGUAUGUGGAGUUGCAGGGCAGGUCCUGAACUUUUUUAGGUAAUGAUUUUAGAUGUAGUUUCUUAUGGGUUUAGGUGAGGUGACUUAAGCUGUGGAAACUUUCAAAUGUAUGCUUUUAUGUAACAACCACAACAGAGGUUUUCCUAUUGGAAUUUAAUACAGGUAUGAGGUUUACGGCAAUAUUCUAGUUAGAAGAAAAUUUCAGGUCAAAUUGUCUUUAAAACUGUGUAAAUUAAAAAAAGGAAUUUAUUUCUACUGUACAUUUGAUCAUACAUAGAGUGAUUCAAGACUGCUUGUAAUUUAAAAAAA